AUGCCAGACGUGAGUGCCUGGUGCCUUAAGAUAACGUUGGCUAACCUUGAAGUUGAGUUCCGGGCUAGGGACUUCAUAGAAGAGUCGAAGCAUGAGGGAGAGUUCGAGGGCACGGAUGCGCUGCCGGAGGAGGUCACUGGAUACAACAUGUACCGGUGUGUCCCUAACUUCUUCCUUUCACUUCCCAACCUCAUGGCCUCCUCUCACUACCACGGCCUGCACAACCCUCGCAUCGUGUCCCCCACUCAAGACGACGAUUUGGGACAUCCCCUCCACUACGGAUUUCGCUACGUCGACUCGACUGAGCUCAAGGCAAACCUUGAGCUCGACCACAACGACGAAGACCGCUCCGAUAGAUCCUCUGGGGGAGACACAGCCGUGCUAUCCUCUUCACCGUUGUCCUCCCUCGGACACACGUUUUCUUCACCACCUCUCGACCCCCGGCGCCACACGAAGGACAACAUCCCCUCUAAGAGAUCAGCCAACUACGACCACUACCUUGCCCACGCCAUCCGUUCCUGGCACCUUGCCGACCAGGUGUUCGGCGACUUGCUGCAGGAAGACGAUUUCCCCUUCCUCUUUGAUCAGCAGACAACUAGGAACGACAUAAGCGAAGGCGUCUGGAAAGAGGCUUGCGCCUACAUCGACCACAAUUCGGAAAUCCUCGAAUUCUUCUCAUUCCAUUACGAUCCUGAUAGACGCAUUCUCACCGUCAUGGCGCCCCUCGCCCUCCACGAAAUCGUCAACGCCGCCAUGCUGGGUGCUGCAGAAGACGCCCACAUCGCCGUCGACAAACACCAGAGUUUACUGAUCGACCGAAAUCGACCCCUGAAGGACGAAACAUCGCGGCAAACACCAGACGGAAUGGUUGCCGUCCAGUACUUCAAUACCGUCAAGCCCCCUGGGAGCGAUAUACUUGAAGAAGUCGAUAAGCAGGACGAUGUGAUCGUCAUCCAGACAGGGGCUAAGCAGCGCGUAGACCUGCUGACAGAGAAGUUAGGAAAGGCCAUGGUCUUUGAAGGCCCUGUGCUUUUCAUCGGCGUGAAGUUGCACGAGUUCCCUUACAUCGAUCCAGAAGUGCCUCGACCCGAUGCGGACGGUUUUGUCCCGGGAGGUGGCGAAGCGAACGACGUUCUCUGCACGGGCUUUAAGCGUGACGACCAGGUCCUCAUCGGGCGCAUCAAAGCUACGCUAUUGGCCUUCGUCCCCUCCGACCUUGACGCUGUGCGUGAAACACACGAGAACAUGGAAGGGUGCGAUGAUUGGCGGUCGUGGGUCCUUAAACUUUUGGGGACGCCUGUCUUACAUGACUACGAGGGUAGGAACUUGCUGCCCGUGGAGAAGGAGGUGGAAAUGAUCAAGACCGAAGACAGCGAUGAUGAGGAGGAGGACGAGGACGUGGAGGAGGAAGAGGAAGGUAGCCAGGUGGAGACGAUCCCCGACAACGAGACAGUGUCCGACAACGAGACAGUGUCCGACAACAACUCUGACGUUGAGCUGCUCCUCGAGGACGACGAUGUGCGGCAGGCGAUGUACGCGGUGGUCGAUCGCUGGAUGGAGGGCAUCCGCAUGGCCAGGGCUACGGCAUACGACCAGCGCAGUGAUGCCUGGGUACGGGAAGCCGUGCUGAGCGGUAAUCGCAAGCACGCAAGCGAAGUCGUGAAGCGCCUGGACGUCCAAGGCAAUCCCGACUUGACACAGCCUCCUAUCGUCAACCCCAUACCAGCACUCAUUCAAGGGAUCAAGAGAGCCGCUCGCAUCAAAGCCCGGGAUACCUUCCGACGUCUAGCGUACCGAAAGACCGUUGAGCUCGACACAAGGACUCCCGAACAACGGCGGACGGAGGCGCUGAACUCGCACCUGAAAGACCUGCGAGGCAUCGCCACGUCGAUCAAGCGGGUGCACCCUUCCGACUCUGACGACGAGUCCGCUUCCAGUUCUGAGGUCGAGGCAACCGCCGCGGACAAGGCUCGAGUCGCAGAUUAUAAGAAGCAGCGUCGCCUGGUCACGCCGCCGCCGUCGCCUGUGCCUGCUCCGAAGGUACUCCAAGUGAGCCCGACAUCCUCUGAGGAGGUGUGGCUGGACAAGGUCGUCAAGGACGACGACAACAGUGCCGACGAGUACCAGGAGGUACUGGGCAGUCCGUCCAUCGGACGAUCCACUCGGAUCACUCGGUACCAGGCUAACAGGGGGGAUUGA